GUAGAAGAGAAGACAUCACGAAGCGGCUUUUGCUCUCCAUCGACUUUCUCCGGAAUUGUCACGGGAUUUCAAUGUUCAGCCUGCUCUUUUGUUUCUGUGUCGAUUUGGGCCGCACAUUUAUGGCGUUUGCGAGCAUCAGUGGAGACUUCUGCCAGGCUCAGCACCUCGCCUUCGUGGACAAGUGAAUCGUCGGCCCCCUGCGGGACUACGCUACCCAGAAGCCCCCCUGACAGCCAGCACACUGGGCCCCAAGUCUGUCUGUGUCACGUCCCCCAGGGAUCACGCGUAGUCCUCGGCCCGAGCGCAUACGAGCACACCCAACUCUCUGCCCCCUUGUGCCGCUUUCUUUCUCCGCAGUCAAUCCCAAACACCUCUCACCUGAAUGGGACGUCUGGCCAACAUGAACCGCCCUGCCGCCGUUGAGAUUGUCUACGAGUGUAUGAGGUUCCUCAUUACCCACAAUCCCACCAACUCCACUCUCAAAAAGUUCACCGAGGAGUUGAAGAAGUUUGGAGUGAACACGCUGGUACGCGUGUGUGAAGCGACUUACGACAAGGCCCCAGUGGAGAAGGAGGGCAUCCAGGUGCUGGACUGGCCCUUUGAUGAUGGAGCUCCACCCCCCACCCAGAUUGUAGAUGAUUGGCUGAACUUGCUGAAGACUAAAUUUCGGGAAGAGCCAGGAUGCUGCAUUGCAGUGCACUGCGUGGCGGGAUUAGGCCGGGCUCCAGUCCUGGUGGCCUUAGCCCUAAUCGAGUGUGGGAUGAAGUAUGAGGACGCGGUGCAGUUUAUACGACAGAAGAGACGUGGAGCCUUCAACUCCAAACAGCUUCUUUACCUCGAAAAGUACAGACCUAAGAUGCGUCUGCGGUUCAAGGACACCAUCGGACCCAACUGCUGCGUCCAGUAGUGUGUUAGUCUGUCACGCGUAAUUAGUGGGAAAUUCACCUAAGGGGAGAAAAGCUAAAGCUGUUGGUAAUUAUUGUGAUGAUUUCAAAUAACGAGUCAUGGCUAAUCGGUCACAGAGAUUGAGUGAAAGGAAGCUGUGGAUUCACCAGCUGAAUGAAUGAGACAGGUCAAAGCACACAGAUAAGCCCGCCUCCUGGUUACCAGAGUACCAAUCACGGGCUAGAAUAAACACCAGUCCUCCUGAUCUCCCAAACUGUCCAAUCAUGGAAUAGCUUUUUUAUUACUGUUUUGAAUUUCAUAAUUUGAACCAUAAUGGAAAAAAAAAAAGAUUUAUAAUAGUGUAAUGGUUAUCAACAUUGUACAUUUUUUUAUUGGUAUGAAUUAGUAAUAUUAUGGCUGGGUAAAGCAUAUUUACACAAAACUAAUUUUGGAGACUUUUCUUAGACCAUAUCCUGUUUCGUUAACAACAUCUGGGCUUAGGGGUAGGGGUAGCAUUGCACAAAAAAAAGAAAAAAAAAAAAAACAACAAAAAAGAAACACCCUGAACUUCCAAAAGUUUCCUCUCAAAUGCAGUAAUGUUUUGUCCCCUUCACCCUACUUUUCUUGAAGUCACUUUUAAUUUAGGGUUAGGCUGGGUUUAAAAUAUGUCAACUGUAUUUAUUCACUAGAGUUAGUGUGUCUGUCAGGAGGUUGGGAUCAGAGCAUUUUUCUUCCCCUUCAUGGAGCCGUGUUCUUUUCACUUUUUGUUUUCUGAAUCUCUGGGGAGUGCAAUAUACAGUCCAACUGAGAGAAGCCCUCACCCCUAGGACCGUCCUAAACACACACACACACACACACACACACACAAACAAACCUGCUCUGUUUCACAGAAGUGGACACUUGGCUAGUCUUUUGGUACUUGUCACUCACCCUGGCUGCUUACAGCUUGCUAGUGAGUGGCUAGCCAGUCAGCCUUGCUGGUGGCAUGGCUGUGUGGUUUUUACACAUCUGCAAAGAAAUACUCAUGAACCUUUCCACUCUGUUUUACUCAGACAGAACACAUAUACUGUCUCUCUCUCUCUCUCUCUCUCUCUUUCUCUAUAACUCUGCUGUUCAGUUCGCACACACACUGAAGUGAGAAACAGGAGACUGAAAUGGUCAGCUGUUUUUUUUUGUUUUUUUUUUUUUGUUUGUUUUAUUAUUAUUUUUUUUAAUCAUUGAUCCCUUUGUGAAGAUAUCCCCACAUCAACAUGGUUUUAAAAUAAAUGAAUAAAUU